UUAGACCUGGGUUUGUUUCCUGGCCGGAGCGGUAUCACAGUUGCACCAUUCGUGUUUCAGGCGGUUGUGUGGAGGGGAGAAGCGGCAGCAUGGCAACCAUGGCGACAACCACCAAGGUGCCGGAGGUCCGAGAUGUCACUCGAAUUGAGAGAAUUGGUGCUCAUUCUCACAUUCGAGGGCUCGGACUGGAUGAUGCGCUUGAACCCCGGCAGGUAUCACAAGGCAUGGUUGGACAGAUGGCAGCUCGCCGGGCAGCUGGGGUUAUCUUAGAAAUGAUCAAAGAAGGAAAGAUUGCGGGCCGUGCUGUAUUAAUAGCUGGACAACCUGGAACAGGAAAAACAGCUAUUGCCAUGGGUAUGGCUCAGGCUUUGGGCACAGAUACACCAUUCACUGCCAUCGCUGGCAGUGAGAUCUUCUCCUUGGAAAUGAGCAAAACAGAGGCGUUGACGCAGGCUUUCCGGCGAUCUAUAGGAGUCAGAAUCAAGGAAGAAACUGAAAUAAUUGAAGGAGAAGUUGUAGAGGUGCAGAUAGACAGACCAGCUACAGGAACAGGUGCCAAAGUAGGUAAACUGACUUUGAAGACAACAGAGAUGGAAACUAUUUAUGACCUGGGUACAAAGAUGAUCGAAUCGCUGACAAAAGAAAAAGUCCAGGCCGGGGAUGUCAUAACCAUUGAUAAAGCAACAGGAAAGAUCACAAAAUUGGGUCGUGCCUUCACAAGAGCAAGAGACUAUGAUGCCAUGGGAUCUCAGACAAAGUUUGUACAGUGUCCUGAUGGGGAGCUCCAGAAACGCAAAGAAGUGGUGCAUACAGUGUCGUUGCAUGAAAUCGAUGUCAUAAAUAGCAGAACACAGGGGUUCCUUGCUCUGUUCUCAGGUGAUACAGGAGAGAUCAAAUCUGAGGUCCGAGAGCAGAUUAAUGCAAAGGUGGCAGAAUGGCGAGAAGAAGGAAAAGCAGAGAUUAUUCCAGGGGUGCUGUUCAUUGAUGAAGUCCACAUGUUGGACAUUGAGUGCUUUUCUUUCUUGAAUCGGGCUUUGGAAAGUGACAUGGCUCCAGUUCUCAUUAUGGCCACAAACAGGGGAAUCACAAGGAUCCGUGGCACAAAUUACCAGAGUCCGCACGGUAUCCCUAUCGAUUUACUGGAUCGGUUACUGAUUAUCUCUACUUCACCGUAUAAUGAGAAAGAAACCAAACAGAUCCUGAAGAUCAGAUGUGAAGAGGAAGAUGUGGACAUGAGUGAAGAUGCUUAUACUGUAUUGACAAGAAUUGGCUUGGAGACCUCCCUGAGAUACUCAAUACAACUCAUCACUGCUGCAAGCCUGGUCUGCAGGAAAAGAAAGGGUAAUGAUGUCCAGGUGGAUGACAUAAAGCGGGUUUACUCCCUGUUCCUUGAUGAAUCUCGAUCUACACAAUACAUGAAAGAAUACCAGGACGCCUUCAUGUUCAAUGAAAUGAAAGGAGAUACCAUGGACACGUCGUGAUAGUGAAUGAAGUGGAUGAACCUUGUUGUCGUCACCCCUGUCCCCCGUUUCGUUUAGGGCCGGUUCACACUACGUUUGUAGUGUACGGGUGCCGGAUCCGGUUGGGAGGAGCGAAAACAGUCCACUCCCGUAUCCGUCCGGAUCCCCAUUAAUU